AAGCAAAUCCUUCACCGAAGAAUUCAGCGUGAUCGAUCUGGCUCGCCGUUAAGGUUGUGUAUGUCAACAGAGUCUCUUCUAUUUGCCCAUCUCCUCGGAAAGCCCGGCUAACUUGACUUACACCCUCGGCUCAUCUUCAACACUUUCUUUAUUGUAUACCAUAUCAGAUCACCAUGACGGCACCAAUCGCCGUACCACAGAGCAGCAUAUCGAGCUCCUCCCCCGCGACCUCCUAUACAAUCAAUCACGAAAACACCGCCGGCCUCCCCGAAUCCGCCUUCGAAGGCCCCGAAAAGCUCCUCGAGGUAUGGUUUGCGCCAUCACCCGAAGACUGUCCCUCCGGUAAAGGCCUCAAAACCGUCGCGCGCAAAGAUUGGGAGGGAAUGCUCGACCUUGUCAACUGCAAAGUCCUAUCCGUGAUCGAGAACGACGAGGUCGACGCAUAUCUAUUGAGUGAGAGUUCGAUGUUCGUAUUCCCUCACAAACUCAUUCUCAAGACUUGCGGCACGACGACACUCCUGAUCGGUCUCACUCGCCUUCUCUCCCUCGCCGCGUCCGCCGGCUUCACCUCCUCCCAAACCCCUUGGCGCGUCUUCUACUCCCGCAAGUCAUUCAUGUUCCCCGAUCGCCAGCUCCCACCACAUAAAUCCUGGCACGACGAGGUGGAGUAUCUGGAUAAACAUUUCGAGGGCGGAAGCGCGUAUCACGUUGGGAGAAUGAACGGAGAUCACUGGUUUUUGUAUAUGACGAGCCCGGGGACGAGUGCUGCUACGGGAAAUACGGCAACGAGGACCGUGGGAUUGAAGGAGGGGUUUGAGGAUGAGACGUUAGAGAUUUUGAUGACGGACUUGUGCGAGAGGCGGGCACGACAGUUUUACCUUCCCGACGGCUACUCCUCGACCGAAUCCGAAUCGGACGGACACGCGCUCGGCACAACUUGUUCCUCUCAGACUAAGAUCGACUCCAUUUACCCCACGAGCGAAUACCCCGACGCACGCGUCGAUUCUUAUCUUUUUACGCCGUGUGGGUACAGCGCAAACGGCGUCGUCCCCACACCCAGCUCAACGGGAUACUGGACCAUCCACGUCACCCCCGAACCUCACUGCUCCUACGCCUCUUUCGAAACCAACGUGCCCACCAGCCCUACCUCCACCUCACUCGCGACAGUCGAGAAAGUCGUGGAGAUCUUUGGCCCGGGCAAGUUUACCUUGACACUCUUUGAGGCGAGAGGGGUUGAGGCGGAGAGAAAGGGGAGUUUGGGGGUUGAUGAGGUGAAGGGGUAUAAGAGACGGGACAGGAUUGUGUAUGAGUUUGAGGGGUAUGAUUUGGUGUUUUUGACGUUUGAGAAGGAGAAGUAG